GAGUUGAAUCUACUUUUUAACAUUACAAAAACCAAGAUCUAUUGAGCUACCUGUAUGAUUGUAAAAAAUAAGUGUAGAAUAAUAAAUCUUUCGUCUGAGAGUUUAUUCCAUACAUAUACUCAAAAAAAGUUUAUGAACACAGAAAACAGUACAAGAGUUUAUGAAAAGGGAGAUUAUGUUCAUAAACCUAAAAAGGAUUUAUGUAAUGGUAACAAAUGAAUAGUGAGCGUUUAUUAUUCUAUACUUAUUUUUUACAGUGAUGUUUGAUUUUCUUUUAAAUAAUGAUCAUGCCACAGAAAAUUUUCGUUUAUUGAAUCUCAUUCAAUUUUUAAUUGCUUGUGUUACUCAUCGAUGCUUUAUAUUUGAUUAUAUAAAUGUUUAUUAUAUAGCUUCGUAUUAAAUCAAUUUUGAAUUUAUUGUUUUAGAUGAUGAAUAUGAAACCUGUACUUCUAUUAUUUCCAAAAAUUGUACGUAAAUAAAAUUGAAUUCCUUUUUUUAGAAAAUUUUUUUUCCUAUAAAUAGCUACUCAAAUCAUUUUCUGAUAUCAAUGAACUUCCAUUAUCUUAUCGUCAUCUUACUAAAUGAAGAUAAUUUACAGUGGUAGAUUUCGUUUUUUUCUUGAGGACAAAAAUAAUUAGUUUUGAUUCUUCUUAAGGUGAUCAUAAAUUACGAGUUCAACGUCAAAAUGAUUCAACUGCUGAAUUUUAUUGUUUUCAAAGAAGUACAAAUGGAAAUGAAGCUCAUUUAAAAACUUAUUCAUUAGUUCAAGAUAUUGAACCACCUACGGAUUGUGAACCAAAAGAAGUAAAUUUUCAAUCAGAAUUUCCAAAACAAUUAAAACUUCGUUGUUUACCAUUUGGUUCAGAUGAACCAAAAAUUGUUGUCACAAAAUCAACAAUAAAAAAGAAAAGAAAACGUUUCGCUGAUUAA